CGAACCUCGCCGGAGAUUGCCGAAGUGGCCGCCGCUGAGAUUUCUCCCGCCCGCGUGCUUUUCCGGGACAUCGUGGGAAAAAAGAGAUUUACUGAAGAUUUCUGCGGUCUAUUAAAUCAGUCAAAAUUCUGAGAUCAAGAUUCAGUGGACCUCAUGCGUCCAGAUUAAGUCUGAGCCGCACAGACAUGGACAUGAAGGCCGAGGGGUCUCGAGGUAACCCAUCUCUGCCCGUGGACGGCGGCCCACUGCCCCGUCCACCAACGGAGAGCGCCAACUGCGCAGCGUGCCAAAAGCCAAUCCGGGAGCGUUACCUGCUGAAGGCGCUGGACCAAUUUUGGCACGAGGAUUGCCUCAAGUGCGCUUGCUGCGAUUGUAGGCUUGGAGAAGUUGGAUCCACCCUCUUCACCAAGGCCAACCUCAUCCUCUGCAAGAGGGACUACCUCAGGUUAUUCGGAACUACGGGACUCUGCUCAGCGUGCAAUAAAACCAUCCCAGCGUUCGAAAUGGUCAUGAGGGCAAGAGGCAACGUCUAUCACUUAGAAUGCUUUGCUUGUCAACAGUGUAACCAUAGGUUCUGCGUUGGUGAUCGGUUCUACUUGCACGAGAACAAAAUCCUCUGUGAGUACGAUUACGAGGAGAGAAUGGUAUUUGCCAACUUGCCCUACAACAUCAACAGCAUCUCGCUGAUCAAGCGCCAGACGCAGCACUUGCAUUUACAGCAGCAACAGCAGCAGCAACAUCAUCAACAGCAGCCGCAACAUCCGCCUCCACACGACGACAGAUCUAGUGGAUAUGGAAGCACGGACUCUGUCUUUGACGCCAAGUGA